AUUUGAUCCAGCUCCAUUGACGAUCAGAGAGACUGGGAGAGACCAAAACUGCGAACAAAUCCCGAAAUACACAGAAUCUGGAUAUUUCUUGAUUCGGCUUUGGUAAUGUACAAAUGGAAACUUCUAGUUAGUCUUCGUUCGGUCGGCGUGAGGAACCAACCUUUACAUUAUCGACUUUUUCGAUAUAUAGUGCAGUUAGGCGCCAACAUUUUUAAAUAUACAGUAGAAGCGACCGAGGGAUUCAAGGUCAAUGGACAGCGACAAUGGAGUCGCCAUCAUCUUCCGACAGACAGACGAUUAGAGAUUUCCAGGAGCCGGAAGAACUUACAGAUGCGGCUCAACUUAGCAAUGAUGGGGUUAUUAACAUAGUUGGGCCAGAGGAGUCCGCUUCCUAUACAAACCACAUGCUCAACCCUAAUCAGGAGUUCCGGGAAGAUUCUUCGGAUUCGGAUGAUUCAUUUAACUCUGAGGACAUUUACUCUGAUAACGACGAUGAUUCGGCGCAGUCUAUAGAUUUGGAGGACAAGAAUUUUCAUGGGGUUAUGGGCGAGACCAAGCCAAUGUGCAGUUGGAAUUGCGAUAAGGAACUGAUACUUAGGGAGCACAAUAUAGUAAACAGGAUUGGAUGGCGGGAUGGCCACACCUCUAACCAGAGCUUUGGUCAGGGAUUUACCGGAUCCCGCCAGGCUGUGGAAAAUUUAACACUACUAAAAACGUUGCAGUCCGGCUUCGCCUACAGCCUAAACUUCAACAGGGACGGCAACUUAAUUUGCACCAGUACACAGUCUUGUAAAAUCGUCAUCUGGGACUGGGCGAAUAAUAAAGCGCUGCACAAAUUUCGACCUGGCCACAGGAAUCUCAUCAUGCAGACCAAGUUUAUAAGCAGCAACGGCUGUCUGGACAUCUUGUCCUCAAGCCAAGAUGGACAGGUGUUCCGUACUGUCAUUUCACCUUCUGGAGGAUUACCCAAGUCCGAGUGCCUCUUCAACCAUAGCGAUGUUCAAAUGGCCUCCCACCCUGAGAUCCUGAUAGUGCCACACCGUCCUGACGAGAUAAUGAGCGCGGGCAAAGAUGGAAUCGUCAAGAUCUUUGAUCUACGCGCCCCCAGUGUGGAAGCCACUACCCUCCACGUUCGUAAGGUCGAAAAAUAUAUAUCUUUGCACAGCAUUGCCCAUCAUCCGCUUUCCCCGGAGUUUUGUCUCGGCGGAGACGACGAAAGAGUGCGCAUUUAUGACAGGCGCAAGCUCACGAAGCCUAUCCACGAAAUGACCCCGCAUAAUCCUUAUAAGCAAGGCUUGAGUCCUGAAAUCAAUUUCGUCCGAUACAACCACAACGGCAGUGAGAUUUUGGCUUGCUUUAACGAUGCAAACAACUUUCUUCUCGACAGCAGAAACUACUCGGACGAUUUUUUACAUCACUACAAGGAGCGUGUAAGCCAGGUAAAAUUCUUUGGACCUCGCACGGAGUACAUUGUCGCUGGCAACGCAUCAAAUAUAUUUUUCUGGGAUAAAAACACGGAGGCUAUCAUCAGCGUUAAUAGGAGCAAGAAAGCCACUUUCGUUGGCCACCUGGAAGUGCACCCGUGGAUCCCAGUUUUAGCCACCACUAGCAAUAAUGAGUCUGGCAUCCAUAUAUGGAUUCCAAAUGGCCUGAACUUAUAG